GUCUCCUCCCAAAGCUUCAUCUCUCUCAACCAAUUAUCUUUCAGUAUUAUUAUCUUUUUCAUUUAUAAAAAAAUAAUAAUAUCUCUCUCACAUUAAAAAAGAAAAAAUCUCUAAAUAGUAUACACAAAAUGUUACACUUCUGCCUCGUUCUUCUCCCCAUCUCUCAUCUUCUCGAGCUCUGCUCAAGCUCUCUUCUUCCUAUGGCAAGUCUCUCUCAAGUCAUUAUCUAGCUUCUUUUUUUAUUAAAGUUCUUAAUAACUUUUCAAUGGAUCUUGGGUCGGUUGCUGGUAAUGUGAACGGGUCACCAAGUCUAAAAGAGCUUAGAGGAUCCAAACAAGACAGAUCCGGUUUCGACGGUGAGGAUUGCUUGCAACAAAGCACGAAGCUAGCUAGAACAACAUUGACAAUAGCAGAAGACAAACACUUACCUUCAGCUGCUUAUAGCAGACCAAUGCUGUUUCAUCAAGGCAUUCCUCUUACAAGAUCUGCUUCUCUUCUCUCCUCUGACUCUCGCCGGCAAGAACACAUGCUUAGCUUCUCAGAUAAACCAGAAGCUUACGACUUCACUAAAUAUGUCGGUUUGGAUAGCAACAAGAACUCUCUCUCCCCGUUUCUUCACCAGCUUCCACCUCCUUAUUGUAGAAGCUCAGGAGGAGGAGGAUAUGGUUCUGGUGGAAUGAUGAGCAUGCAAGGGAAAGGACCUUUCACAUUGACUCAAUGGGCUGAGCUAGAGCAACAGGCCUUGAUUUAUAAGUAUAUCACAGCCAAUGUCCCUGUUCCUUCUAGUUUGCUCAUCUCUAUCCAGAAGUCCUUUUACCCUUAUGGAUCAUUGCCUCCCAGUUCUUUUGGAUGGGGAACAUUCCAUCUAGGUUUCGCAGGAGGAAACAUGGAUCCUGAGCCAGGGAGAUGCCGUAGAACAGAUGGAAAGAAAUGGCGGUGCUCGAAAGACGCUGUUCCUGAUCAGAAGUACUGUGAAAGACACAUCAACAGAGGCCGUCACCGUUCAAGAAAGCCUGUGGAAGUCCAACCUGGCCUAACCCCCGCCCCUGCUCCCUCCAAAGCGGUUGCAUCUCGUAACCGCUCCCUCCCCACUGCUUCUCAAAUGCCUACCAACAGAGUCCAGAAUGCGAUAUAUCCAUCCAUCGUUAACUUGCAACCCAAGGAAGAGAGAAACAACAACAUCCCUUUUGGGUUUGGUCACGUUACCUCUCCUUCAUUGCUCACAUCAUCGUACCUAGACAACAAGACUUCGGGUAAUCACAGUCACAACAACUCUUGGCCUGAAGAGUUGAAAUCAGAUUGGACGCAGCUUUCAAUGUCAAUUCCAGUAGCAUCAUCAUCAUCUCCUUCCUCCACCGCUCAAGCUCAAGAAAAAGUCACGCUCUCGCCUCUCAGGCUAUCACGCGAGUUUGACCUACCGAUCCAAAGCCAGCAGGAGACGCUCGAGUCUGUGAGAAAGGUGAAUACUUGGAUUCCAAUCUCGUGGGGAAACUCCUUGGGAGGUCCAUUAGGAGAAGUACUUAACAACAACAGCACAACGAGUAGUCCCACGUUGGGUUCGUCUCCUACAGGGGUUUUGCAAAAGUCCACGUUUUGCUCACUCUCUAACAGCAGCUCUGUAAGCAGCCCCAUUGCGGAGAACAACAGAAACAACAAUGUUGACUACUUUCAUUACACAACCUGAAACUAGUGUCAUGAGCAGGCUUUGUCUUUUUUUUUCCUUUAAUUUGUUUCUUGGUGCAUUGCUCUUUUUUUGUUCUGCUGUUGUUCUUCCAAAAACUCUAUUUUUUUCUUUGUUUUUCGAUUUCUUGAUCUUCAAGUUUGAUGAUAACCUAAUAUAAUAACAGUCUUGAUUCUGAAGUUAA